UUUAUCUUCGUACCGCAAACACCUUACUUGGAUUUAUAUUUGAUAUCAACACUAUGUCGUUACAAAAUAUGGAGUGUGGUCAUACAACGAAGGAAAAGAAAGCUUCUCUUCGAAAGAGCAACAAACCAAUAAUGGAAAAGAAAAGGAGAGCAAGGAUCAACAGUUGUCUGUCUCAGCUGAAGACGUUGGUGCUAGAAGCUAUGCGAAAAGAUAGCUCUCAAUAUUCCAAACUAGAAAAGGCUGAUAUAUUGGAAAUGACGGUUAAACAUCUCAGAAAUCUGCAGAGGCAACAGAUGUCUACAGCUCUUGCUUCAGACCCCAAUGUUGUGUCAAAAUACCGAGCAGGAUUCAAAGAAUGCGCGGGAGAAGUUGUGAAGUACCUGAACACAUCGCAGAGCGUCAAUGAUGAUAUGCGAUCAAGAAUCAUGAACCACCUAUCUGGAGUGGUUCCAUCUGUUAAUGGACAUGUCCAGUCGCAGCAGCAGCAGCAGCAGCAGCAACAACAACAACAGGUUACACCUGUACAGAUAACACCUGUAUCCCAGCCAAAGGUGGUCCAUCCUCAGCCACAACAUCAGAAUAUGCAGCCACUUAGUGUUCAAAUUCCUACACAGCAGCACGCACAGAACAACAGCUUUAGCAGUAAUAGUAGCACGUGCAGCUUUAACAUGAACUCUUCCUCACCUGUCAAACAAAGUACGUGUCUGCUUAUGCCUGGAAAUGUGUCACAACAUCAGACCGCCCCUCAGAACGUGCAGAAUCAGUCUUCUCCCACAUUCGUGAACAUUAACGCUCCAGUAAAUACGGACAAAAAAACACAACUUUCCGGUUCCUUCCAAAUUCUUCCAGGAAAUCUUUACAAUGGCCCUGUGGCUGUGUACGUGGGACCAGUAAAUGACAACCAUACUUCACCGUCCACUACCGCUCUCCCUGUGUUUACAGUUCAAGUGCCUUCCCAGCAGUCAAACACACCAUCGCCAAACAAAAACAAGGAAAACAUUUAUGCUAAAGACAAUCAGGAUUACUCUUUAAUGUCCAAGCAAGCGCAAUUGUUAAACAUGGGACAUGUCGAUUGCCAAGAUUCUAACGUGUACAAUGAAAGGCUUUGGAGGCCUUGGUGAACUUCGAGGGAUAUGUGUUGUGCGAAAAUGAGACUAAAUGUGUGAGAUAAACUAAUGACAAACUCAGGGCAAACCAAAGUGCUUCCAUAGACCUUUACGCUGUAAGACAGACUCGUGUGAUAAAGGAGAAACUAUUCCAAACAUUACUAGGAAUAGCUGCUAAAUUGAUACUAGUGCUAUUCUGUGUUGUUCUAUUUGUUGAAUUUUGAAUAUUUUUUAUUCCAAUUAUUAAAUUUGUUAUUUAAAUGAA